CCUUCUCUUUAUAAGCCCGCAGUGCCCGGAUGUGAAUGGAUUACAAUGUAUCUUUCAGGGAAACCUAUUAUUAUCAAUGUGACUCCACGGGGGAGUCCAUGGUGAUGAGGAGGAGGAGGAGGAGGAUGAUGAGGAGACACCUCUAAACUUGGAACAAGUUUAAGACUUUAUAAAAGGAGAAGAAAAAAAAAAACUACCAACAAGAUUUGUUUGAGGAAAAUUUAUAACUAUCCUGUAUUGAUAUUUUUUUAUAAACAAUAAGAAAAAGUUGUUGGAUUUUUUUUUUUUUCAUGAUUGCUUUUUGGGGGGAGGGUGUUUUGUUGCAGUUUUAUGUUGGAAAAUGCAAACACCAGAGCCAGGUGCAUAAUCUUGUAUUCUGUGGAUCUCCCUGGAGCAGAACUGAGUACCAGUUAAAAUACUUUUUUUGGGGGAUACCCAUGUGAGAUACUAAGUCCUUGCAGAAGAUUUUUGUCUCUCUUUUUAAAGUCACUUUCCUUGGAAUAUUGUGAGCAUAUUUGUGGCCAUUUAAGGUUUGUGUGAUUUUGCUAAAAUGCAUCACCAACAGCGAAUGGCUGCCUUAGGGACGGACAAAGAGCUGAGUGAUUUACUGGAUUUCAGUGCGAUGUUUUCACCUCCUGUGAGCAGUGGGAAAAAUGGACCAACUUCCUUGGCGAGUGGACAUUUUACUGGCUCAAAUGUAGAAGACAGAAGUAGCUCAGGGUCCUGGGGGAAUGGAGGACAUCCGAGCCCGUCCAGGAACUAUGGAGAUGGGACUCCCUAUGACCACAUGACCAGCAGGGACCUUGGGUCACAUGACAAUCUUUCUCCACCUUUUGUCAAUUCCAGAAUACAAAGUAAAACAGAAAGGGGCACAUACUCAUCUUAUGGGAGAGAAUCAAACUUACAGGGUUGCCAUCAGCAGAGUCUCCUCGGAGGUGACAUGGAUAUGGGCAACCCAGGAACCCUUUCGCCCACCAAACCUGGUUCCCAGUAUUAUCAGUAUUCUAGCAAUAACCCCCGAAGAAGGCCUCUUCACAGUAGUGCCAUGGAGGUACAGACAAAGAAAGUUCGAAAAGUUCCUCCAGGUUUGCCAUCUUCAGUUUAUGCUCCAUCAGCAAGCACUGCCGACUACAAUAGGGACUCGCCAGGCUACCCUUCCUCCAAACCAGCAGCCAGCACUUUCCCUAGCUCCUUCUUCAUGCAAGAUGGCCAUCACAGCAGUGACCCUUGGAGCUCCUCCAGUGGGAUGAAUCAGCCUGGCUACGGAGGAAUGUUGGGCAAUUCUUCUCAUAUUCCACAGUCUAGCAGCUACUGUAGCCUGCAUCCACACGAACGUUUGAGCUAUCCAUCACACUCCUCAGCAGACAUCAAUUCAAGUCUUCCUCCAAUGUCCACUUUCCACCGUAGUGGUACAAACCAUUACAGCACCUCUUCCUGUACGCCUCCUGCCAACGGGACAGACAAUAUAAUGGCAAAUAGAGGAAGCGGGGCAGCAGGCAGCUCCCAGACUGGAGAUGCUCUGGGGAAAGCACUUGCUUCGAUCUAUUCUCCAGAUCACACUAACAACAGCUUUUCAUCAAACCCUUCGACUCCCGUUGGCUCGCCUCCUUCUCUCUCAGCAGGCACAGCUGUUUGGUCUAGGAAUGGAGGACAGGCCUCGUCAUCCCCUAACUAUGAAGGACCUUUACACUCCUUGCAAAGCCGAAUUGAAGAUCGUUUAGAAAGACUGGAUGAUGCUAUUCAUGUUCUCCGGAAUCAUGCAGUGGGCCCUUCCACGGCUAUGCCUGGUGGCCAUGGGGACAUGCAUGGAAUCAUUGGACCUUCUCAUAAUGGAGCGAUGGGUGGUCUGGGCUCAGGGUAUGGAACCGGUCUUCUUUCUGCCAACAGACACUCGCUCAUGGUUGGGGCCCAUCGUGAGGAUGGCGUGGCCCUGAGAGGCAGCCAUUCUCUUGUGCCAAACCAAGUUCCGGUCCCGCAGCUUCCUGUCCAGUCAGCAACUUCCCCUGAUUUGAACCCACCCCAGGACCCUUACAGAGGCAUGCCACCAGGACUGCAGGGCCAGAGCGUGUCCUCUGGCAGCUCUGAGAUCAAAUCUGAUGACGAGGGCGAUGAGAACCUGCAAGACACGAAAUCUUCUGAGGACAAGAAAUUAGAUGACGACAAGAAGGAUAUCAAAUCAAUUACUAGGUCAAGAUCUAGCAAUAACGACGACGAGGACCUGACCCCGGAGCAGAAGGCCGAGCGCGAGAAGGAGCGGAGGAUGGCCAACAACGCCCGCGAGCGCCUAAGGGUGCGCGACAUCAACGAGGCUUUCAAGGAGCUCGGCCGCAUGGUGCAGCUCCACCUCAAGAGCGACAAGCCCCAGACCAAGCUCCUGAUCCUCCACCAGGCCGUGGCGGUCAUCCUCAGCCUGGAGCAGCAAGUCCGAGAAAGGAAUCUGAACCCGAAAGCGGCGUGUCUGAAGAGAAGGGAGGAAGAAAAGGUGUCCUCGGAGCCUCCCCCACUCUCCCUGGCAGGCCCUCACCCUGGAAUGGGAGACGCAUCAAAUCACAUGGGACAGAUGUAAAAGGGUCCAAGUUGCCACAUUGCUUCAUUAAUACAAGAGACCACUUCCUUAACAGCUGUAUUAUCUUAAACCCACAUAAACACUUCUCCUUAACCCC